AUGUUGCAACUCCUUGAUCUCAACGCUUCCUCCCAUGUCGCCGUCCUGGGCGCUUCGUUCUUUGCCGCUAUCUUCGCCGUUCUGUAUAGAGCCGGCUCUCUCUCCAAGCAGCAUCAUGACUCCAAGACUCCCAGUAUAUGGUCCUUGCUGCUUAGUCCAACUGAGAAGGUCAAGUCACGUUUCAAUGCAUGGCGCUUUCUCUUCCAAGGACCUUCCAUGAUCCAGGCGGCCUACGAUAAGUCCAAUGGCGCCCCUUUCUCCAUGGACAUGCCCGAAAACACCAUGUUGAUCGUCUCGGACUGGAAGCGCAUCAAGGAGAUUGAUUCCGCCCCCGAGGCUGUCUUGUCCCUCCAGGGGGCUGCCAAGGAGAUCCUCCAGCCAAUGUACACCAUGAAGUCCUUCGACUGGACGGAAAAGCGAGGUGGCGAUGGCGCGCCUCUGCUCAAGACGCUGCGCAACCGCCUCACCGAACACCUGCCCAACAUCCUACACAAGAUCCACGCUGGAAUCAAGGCUCGGUUUGACGAGGGCUAUGACACUUUCCCGUUGCUCAAUGGUGUCAAGCAGGGCGCCGUCUUCCCUUUGAUCAUUGAAGCCGUGGCAAAGUCUAACGCUGAAGCCUUCUUCGGCCCGGAGCUUUCUGGAGAUGAACAGUUCAUGGAAGCUGGCAUGAGCAUGAUCGAGCAGACUCUCCUCAUCGCCGAAAUCAUGCGGCUGGUCCCUCGACCUUUCAAAGAGCGCGCCGGCAAGUUCCUGUCCAGCCAUCUGAACUCGGGUCUCAAGUUUUGCGAGAAGCUCGAGCCUAUCGUCGCUCAGCGGUUUCACGAGCGCGACCUGCGUCGGAAGGGCCACGACAUUCCGGAGCAGAAAGAUUGUGUCCAGUGGAUCAUGCAAUACUCCCCCCAGGAGAAGCCUUGGAGUGUGAGGAGGGUCGUCCAUGAACUGAUCGCAGUCUGGUUUGGUUCUGUCCACAUCACCUCGACGACUGCCUGUGUUGCUCUCUUUGAUUUGUGCGAGCACCCCGAAUAUGUCGACAUACUCCGCCAGGAAGUUGAGCAGACAGGCUGGGAGGCAUUUUAUAAGUCUGGUGGUACACUCUUCCCCUUGAUGGACAGUUUCAUGAAAGAGUCUGCCCGCCUUCAUCCCAUCGAGUCUGUGAGCACCCGCCGAAAGGCCCUCAAGUCUUUCCAAUUCUCCGACGGACAGACGGUAGAGGCAGGACAGUGGGUCUGUACAGCCCCCAGAGGCAUGAACACAGAUUCGGCAAACUUUGUACACCCAAAUGAUUUCUACGGCUUCCGGUUUGUCCAGCCAGAGGUUCUGGCACAAGCGGAGAGCCUACUAGCUCUGUCAUCACCGGUCACCGAGGGCAAAUUCAACAUUCCUGAGCCCGGGAAGUCUUCAAAGUACAUUGAGCUUUCUGACUGGCAACAGUGGGGAACGGGACGCUGCGCCUGCACGGGGAGGUGGUAUGCUUCGGCACUCAUCAAGACCAUGCUCGGCACGUUUAUCACCAAUUAUGAUAUGAAGCUCGUGGACCCUAAAGCUCAACGCACUUUCGCAUGGCGCACUUUCGUAUAUCCUUACGCCGGCACCCAGAUUCAGUUCACGCCUAGAGUAGAGAAUAGGUCAUGUUGA